GAGCGGAGCGAGGGGUUACGUUCCGGUGUGAACGUGUCCGAUUUUCCGACUCUAACCUGCGUUUCGCGGCCCCCGAGACCCCUGUCCUGCACGCCCAGGGUCCGGGGGUUGUCGACGUUAAGAUCCCCACACCCGGAUUAACUUCUCAAGACUGAUCUUGCCUGAGAAAGAAGCCUGGAGAUCUUACCUGAGAAAGAAGUAUCAGGAAUGGCUCUUUCCCAGGUACGGUUGACAUUCCGGGAUGUGGCCAUAGUAUUCUCUCAGGAGGAGUGGAAAUGCCUGGACCCUGAGCAGAGGGCUUUGUACAGGGACGUGAUGUUGGAGAACUACAGGAACCUGGUCUCCCUGGAUAUCUCUCCUAAAUGUACUUUCAAGGAAUUAUUACCAAAAGAAGAUAUUAAUAAGGGAGAAUUAUGCCAGUCGGUGGUACUGGAAAGACAUGAAAGCCAUGGUAUCAAGGAUUUUGACUUCAGGGAAGUCCAGAAACAUAUACAUGAAUUUGAGAAUCAAUCGGGGUAUGACAAAAGAAAUUGCAAAAUAGUGCCUAUGACCCAUAACAGAACUCUCACUUGUAGAAAAGAUCAACAACGUAUCAAAUCCUGUAAUAAUUUCCCCCUAAAGCAGAGUGUUUUUGUUAGAAAAAGUGCAUAUCGAUAUUUCAAACAUGAGAAGCCAUUUUUAAGGAAUUCAUUGAAGCUAAGAAACGGCAUAGGCUAUGCAGGAAACAAGUAUGUCAGAUGUUUUGGAAAUAGGCUUGGAUUUCAGUCACAUCUGGCUGAAUUGCAGAGAUUUCAAAUUGAGAAAAUUUAUGAAUGUAAUCAAGUUGAGAAGUCUAUCAGAAGUUGUUUGUCAGUCUCACCGCUUCAAAGAUUUCUUCCUAAUGUCAAAACCAACAUUUGCAGUAAAUAUGGGAAGGUGUUCAUGCCACGUUCAUUGCUUGCACAACAGAAAACACACAUUAGAGUAAAACCUUACAAAUACAAUGACUGUGGGAAGGCUUUUAGCCAGUACUCAAUCCUCACUAAUCAUCAGAGAAUUCAUUCUGAUCAGAGACCUUACAAAUGCAAUGAGUGUGGCAAAGCCUUUAACCAGUUCUCAAACCUCACGAGACAUCAAAGAAUCCAUACUGGAGAGAAGCCAUAUAAAUGUAAUGUAUGUGGCAAGGCCUUUAGUCAAAAUUCAAACCUUGCAAGUCAUUGGAGAAUUCAUACUGGAGAGAAACCACACAAAUGUAAUGAAUGUGGUAAGGCUUUUAUCAAAUGCUCAGAUCUUUGGCGUCAUGAGAGAAUUCAUACUGGAGAGAAACCUUACAAAUGUGAUGAAUGUGGCAAAGCUUUUACCAAACGUUCAUACCUUUGGGAUCAUGAGAGAAUUCAUACUGGAGAGAAACCAUACAAAUGUGUUGUAUGUGGCAAGGCCUUUAGACAAUGGUCUGGCCUCAAGAUACAUCGAAGAAUUCACACUGGAGAGAAACCUUACAAAUGUAAUGAAUGUGGCAAAGCCUUUAAGCAGUGCUCACACCUCUCUAAGCAUCAGAAUACACAUCCUGGAGAGAAGCCACACAAAUGUAAUGUGUGUGGAAAGGCUUUUAUCUAUAGUUCAAGCCUUGUGAAACAUCAGAGAAUUCAUAGUGGAGAAAAACCACAUAAAUGUAAUGAAUGUGGUAAGGCUUUUAUCCGAAGUUCAAGCCUUGUGGAACAUCAGAGAAUUCACACUGGGGAGAAACCUUACAAAUGUAAUGAGUGUGGCAAAGCUUUUACUGUGCGUUCAAGCCUUAGUAAACAUAAGACAAACCAUACCGGAGAGAAACCUUACAAAUGUAAUGAAUGUGGUAAAGCCUACACCCAAUUUGCACACCUGAGUAGACAUCACAGAAUACAUACUGAAAAGAAACAUAGCGAAUCUAAUAUAUGUAAUAAUAUUUUGAUCGAAAACUCUAGCCUUGGGGAUCAUCAAAGCAUUCAUAGUAAGGAGAAACUGUAUAAAUGCAAUGAAUGUGGCAAAUCCUUUAACUGGUGCUCACGCCUUACUCGACAUCAGAGAAUCCAUACUGGAGAGAAACCAUAUAAAUGUAAUGUAUGUGGCAAGGCCUUUAGUCAGAAUUCAAAUCUUAAAAUUCAUCUGAGAGUUCACACUGGAGAGAAACCUUACAAAUGUAAUGAAUGUGGCAAAGCCUUUAAGCAGUCCUCAAGCCUCACUAGACAUCAAAAUACACAUCCUGGAGAGAAGCCAUACAAAUGUAAUGUGUGUAGUAAAGCUUUUAUCAAACGUUCACAUCUGUGGGAUCAUGAAAGAAAUCAUAUUGGAGGGAAAUCAUACAAUUGUAUUGAAUGUGGCAAGGCCUUUAGGCAGUGGUCUGACUUCAGGUUUCACCAAAGUAUUCAUAGCGGAGAGAAAACUUAGAAAUGUAGUUAGUGUGGCAAGUCAUGUAACCAGUUCUUAUAGUGGACUAUACAUCAGGAAAUUCCUGCUAGGGAGAACUAAGUAUUUGUCCUUCGCUUGUAUUCAUCAACCUCAGAUGUUAAAUUCUGCACAGUAAUUAAAAAAGAAAACUUUUCAAACUCAUGAGAUGGUGGGUGUUGAGAAAGCAAGGAAAUCUGUGGAAAAAUAGUUUCUUUGGUUUAUGAAACAAUUUUAUUCUAUUUGAGGUUUCUUGAAAAGGCUGUAUUACCAUUGAUGACUUUCAAACUGAGGUUUGAAAUGUGUUGAUGUUAUGCUUUCAUUACAGCCCUUUCGUUUGUCUCCAUGAAGGUCUGCAGGAGGGGAUCAGUAGGAUGGAAGGGUCUAUUUCUUAGUGGGGUUCAUUUAUAUCUAUGUUCCCUGAAAGACCAAGGGCACUGAAUCUUAAGAUGCAGUAUUAUGUGAAUGAGGUCAUGCAGAGUGGGAAAGAAUGUAUGUAAAACUAUGGUCUAAAUCAUAAUUAAUGUGUUCAGAGUCCUCUUCUAGAGAUUUGAUGGUACCACAGGAGGUCACUGGAUUAUCGAAUAGGAUUCCUCUACCAACUGACCAUGAAACAGAGCAGGCCAGGACAUUAAGAGACUGAGAUUUUCAUAGGAGCAGAAUAAGUUAUUCGAGACUGCUCAGGUGGAGGAAAUUAUUAGAGUAUAAAUGAUGGCCGCUCUCUCCUUUGGAAGGAAAUUGUUGUUAUAUGUCAAAGAUUAGUGAAAAAACGAGUCUUAAUCUUGGUAACUGAAGAGAGAGGAAAGUUUAAUGAAAAGAAACAAUAAUUUGUGUUCCGGUGUGCUAAUGCUGCCGUUUUGCAAACUACCAGAAAUGGAUUGGCUUUUAUAAAGGGGUUUUAUUUGGUUACAAAGUUACAGUCUAAAGGCCAUGACAUUGUCCAAAUGAAGGUUAGUGGCUUCCAGAAAACCUCUGUUCGAUGAGAAGGCAUCUGGCUGGCAUCUCCUGAUCUGGGUUGUGUUCUAGCUCCACUCUCAGAUCUUGUGCAUUCUUUAAAGUGUCUCUCUCGUCUGCAGCACCUCC